AUGCUGGCAGACACAACCAAGGACAACUGGCCCAAAAAGUGGACUGAGUUUCUUACAUUCGCACUCCGUAUAUUUACGUCGCUACAACGAGAAGGCCACCAUGCCAAAGCGCGAAGCGUACAGGAUGACAAGUUGGUUUGUGCCAACUGCAAGAAGAACAAGCCCACGUUCUUCAAAUCGUCUAAACACUUCGGCAAGUAUUGCACCAAUUGUUUCAAAUUGGACCAUGUCAAGAAGCAGAUUGAGAAGGAAAAGGAGACAGCCGUGAAGAAGAAGGAUGGAAAGAAAAAGGACGAUGACAAGAAGAACUCUGACACCAAAGACAAGAAAAAGCUGAAGAAGAAGAGCUCUUCCUCUAAGACUAAGGGAAAGAGUAAGGAGACAGCUGCGUAUAUCAGCGACCACAGCAUCCACUCAGAAAGUGAGCCUGAAGCAUCCGAGUUGGAUACAGACGAAGAUUUUGCUGCAAUCCUCUCAAGGCUCAGGCACCUGAGGGCAAAUGGAUCCAGUUCAUCAAGGAAGGUGGAAGAGGGCUCUUCACGAAAGGAUCGGAAGGGUUUUCUCAAAGGGGAUCUGUAG